GCCCGGGAGGCGGGAAGCGGGAGGCUCUGGCGGUUUGAAAUCGGGUGGCUGCGGGCGGCCUCGGGCUGCCCUUCUCCGCCCGCUGCCCUUCUCCCCGGGCAGGGUCCCUGCCUGCGGGGCUUGGCAAGUACCGCUGCGGAGCUCUGCUGCUUUGCGGGGCCGCAGCAGCCCGCUCGCCGCCGAUAGUGUCCUGUGAGACGGAGAAGAAGGAAACUCCGCCUGCCCGUCGGCCCGGCCUCACUAUGCCUGAUACUAAGACUGAAGAUGAAAUAAUCUCCUUAGAAAGGGAAAUGAAAGAGUUUUGGACCAAAUUAAAAAGCGUUUAUGGCUCGGAACAGAUCAGUCAGUCUUUAGCACUGAAAGAUUCCUGCAAGGAGUCCAUAAAAGUGCUUUCAGAGAAAUGGUCUAAGAAGCUGAAAGAAGAGGACUUGAUGAUUGAUAAAAUCAAUGAGUAUAGCAGUGAGAUUCUCUGUCAGAGCCAACGUGCAUCAGAAACUCAGGAGCGUCUGACAGAAAUCAAAUCCAGCCUAAAUCAGGAAAAAGAGAAAAACAAGGACUUGACUGACAGCAUCCAAGAACUUAAAGAAGAGUGUGAGAAGAAAAAGGAAAUAAUAUCUUCUAAAAGCAAAGCUGCAGAGGAGAGAGUGGAACGACUAUGCUUGUGUAAGAAACUGUUUGAGGAGCGGCUUGGAUUGGAGAUACGCAGAAUUCACAAUGAGCAAUUACAGUUCAUAUUCAGACAUAUUGACCACAAAGAUCCUGACAAGCCAUAUCUGUUUACUCUUUCCAUAAAUGAACAAGGAGAUUACGAAGUGACUUCCUGUACUCCUCCUCUGGACUGCAUAGAAGAGUUCCAGCUCAAAGUGAGAGAAACUAACAAUUUUUCGGCAUUUGUUGCCAACAUCAGAAAAGCUUUUGUUGAUUUAUCUCAUAAACAGUCUGCAUAAAACUAGCUUUAUACCUCUUACCAGCACUGUACAGCACUCCCUUUUAUUGUGAAAAUAUGUGUGUAUCCCUGUCUUACUCUACUCUGAAUAAAAAGUCCUCACACCAUUUUAGGCCAUUGAUGUCUAGAUAAAUUUUGGAUCAUUCUUAAUGGAAAUUGUUGAUUAUACUCUUUUAUCUGAGUGUCUCUAGACAUGCAAAGUGAUCCAGUAGCAAAUAGCUUAAUGGAGUAAUGAUCAUUAUUUUAGUAUCUUCCUGGAGCAGCUAACUAAAGUAUGUGAUGUAAUUUAUCUCUUCCAAAAGCACAGAACUGUGUUCCAGGUUUUUAUGUGGUUGGGAAAAGCCUGAAACCUACCCUUCAGGUACCACUAUCUUAGUAUUUACCCUGUCUUGUACUUCCAAUGUUCCCACUCAUUUUCAUUCAUGUCAAACAUUGUUUUUCUGUAAAUAUUUUACUGCCUCUUUCUGAUUGUCUGUAUGCCCAUUUAUCUUGUUAGUAACAAAAUCAUUUGAUGUGCAUGCUGCUCUUCAAUAAAGCUCUUACUAGGAA